AUGCCUGCCGAGUUCCUUGCUAGCAACCCCCCCCCGCUCUGGCUCACUCUCUACCACAUUGUCACCCGCCUCCCUGACUCUCUGCGCACAGUCAGGGAUUCCUUUCUAGCUCGCUCCCCUACUGAGCUCACCAUUGCCCUCCUCGAGAAGGACCUACUUGCAGCUGAGGCGAGCAUCGUCGCCGUAGGUGCCUCUCGUGGCGAGCCCCGCACCCCCUUCUUUGAGGGGUGUUCCCCUUCCCCCCUUCUCCCCUCUGUCGCCUCUGCUUCUGCUGUCGACCUCCUUGGUGCUGAGAAGGUCGGGACCGCGUCUGCUCCGAGCGGGCGCCGCAUGACCAAAGGCGGCAAGGGUGAAGGCGGUGGGAGUGGAGGAGGGGCUGGAGAGACUAGUGGCGGCAGUGGGGGUAGUGACGGCAGCGGCGGAGGCGGUGGCAGGGGCGGGGGCGGCAGCGGGGGCGGCGGUGGUCGUGGCAGCGGCAGGGGAGGGGGUGGUCGAGGAGGUGGCAGCGGCGGUGGUGGUCGUGGAGGCGCUGGCGGUGGUCCGAGCCAGCAGCACACUCCGUCGCUCCAGGAGGCCCGUGAGUGGUAUGCGCAGCGUGGGGGGGCGGGUGGCCUUAGCUGCACGUACGUCAUCCGCACUGGUGACCGCACUGGUCAGACGUGUGGGAAGCCGCACCCCACGCCACGCUAUUUCGCGCGCCUUGACGACGCUUGGCGCACUCAGUUCCCUGACGGCAAUGAGCUGCCCCGCUGGUUUGAUCUGGAGAAGAAGGGAGUUGAUAUCUGGGCUUUAGACUUUGAUGCUAUUCUCACUGCCAUGUAUGCUAUGUUUACUAGUGGAGAGGGUGCUCAGUACUUGCGUGUUCCGCCCGACCCGGGCAUUCUGACCAGUGAGGCUGCUGCUCUAGGUGCUAGUGCGUCUGCAGCUCCAGGUGCUCGCGUGUCUGCUACCCCAGGUGAUGGUGAGGCUGCCGCUCUAGCCACUCGCUCGGCCAGUUGCUGUCUCCCUCGCUGA